AUGACAAAAGCAAUGACCCAAAAUCGUAAUCGGAACUCAUUAAGUUGCAGUACUUGCAACUUGGAGGAGCCUUUGUCCGUCAGUAAUCCUCACAGCAAUGAUUUUCCAUCUAAAACUUUAGAUGUCAUGGAGGAGAGGAUAAAGUAUUCUCCGGGCCCUGAAUGUGGAACUGAUUCUGUCGUCGUCUCAGAUAGCCCAAGUACAGCCGUAGAAGGGAAUCCUGGGAAGAAGGUUAUCUAUGUCAAGAGGAGAUCUUAUCAGUUGGUUGCGACUUCUAAUUCUGAUGAUAUGUCUAUAGUAGGGGUGGAUAGUACACAGUCACGAUUAUCUGAUGGUUACUACAAAAGUAGGGAAAACCAGCUUUUAAGAGCGUCACAAGAAAAUCAUGUCAAAAGAGGGAAUGAAGAUGCUACUGCGUCUGGACUGGUGCCUCACUCAAUUAUUCCUAAAAUUCCUACUAGGAGGCAAUCUGGUCUUUCCAAGACUAGCAGAUCAUCAAAAUUUUCAUUUGUGUGGAAAUUACAUGAUACACAGUCUUCAGAAAAGCAUAAGAAUUCAUUGAGACCUCGGAAAGUCUGGCCGCAUUUGUUUUCUACUAAAAAAGCUGCUUAUUGGAAAAGUUUUAUACAGGGUAUAAACCCGUCUCAUUCUAACAUCAGCCAAAAGCUGCUGGUGUCAAGAAAGAGAGGUGCAAUUUACACUAAAUCAAGUCAUUUAUAUUCUCUUAGUUUAAAGUGGUCAAAGUCAAUUGAGAGGAGCUCGAGGAAAGCCAAUGAGGAAGCUAUAAGAGCUGUUGCUGCUGCUGAGAAGAGGAAAAAGGAAGAAAAGGGUGCUGUUCACAUUGCUUCAAAGAGCAGAAAUCAUGUUUCUCGUAAGUGGGUUCUUAAUGUAAAGCUGCGUCCAGGUACGCCGCUCUGCAAUCCUGGUGUGGCAUUUCAAAUGUGCAGUAUGUUGAAAAAAUAUGCCUAUAGAUAAGCAAAGAUAUAGUAUACAAUAUGUAAAAUACUUGUUAAUUAUUGUGAAUGUUAGCUAUAUAUACAGUAUCAAUUUAAAACUCCCUCAGUGUAUAUAAUACUGCAU